CUCCAACCCCCCAGCAACCAUUCCCCACAGCUCAUUUCCACGCUAGUUGGCUAGAUCUUAGUUAUAUUUCAACUUGAAGUUGACAUCUUUUACCACGUAUAGAUAUUGCCCCGUUGUUUCGUCCCUGGUGAACGAAGACUCUCUAUAGCUAAUAAUUCAAUUUCUUGUCCCCUAAUCCAAUUCUUGGUAGACAAGUUCAAGUUGUUGGUUCCAAAAUAAUAUCUCUCUCUCCAUUCCCCGUUAUCCAGAUAUCCAGAUCUCUAUAUCCAUAUAUCAACCCGUGCUCUUAUCAUCAACCUACAAGCUUCAUCAGGAUGUUAUUUACCCUCAAUUUACGGUUACUUGGCUUUCUUACGCUCCUAGUAGCGGGCGCUUGGUGUGCUUUCAGCGUGAACGAUUUCCCUGCUGGGCUCCCGCGUCCAAGGGGUACACCAAAAUAUUUGGCCCUCGCGUUUGGUACUCAACAUUAUACUUGCCAAGGUGGGAUAUGGACGCCUCAUGGUGCACAGGCUACGUUAACCGCUGAAUCGUUGCCUAGGUCGCCGAAGAGUCCAAGGUCGACUAUACCUGAGUCUGACGAGAAGAAUACUCACAGAAAGAAGACUGGUGGGAAGAGGACUGGCGGGAAGAGGACUGGCGAGAAGAGAACUGGCGGGAAGAGAACUGGCGGGAAGAAAACUGGCGGAAAUAAUACUGGUGGGACCAGUAAUGGCGAGAGGAAUAAUGGUGGGAAGAAUACUGGCGGGAGGUCUGACGGGAAGCACCGUUCGACCGUCGGACAUCAUUACUUCGAACUACCACAACAACCUACAUUCCAAAUUAACGGUCUUGGCACAAUCGUGGCUGAGAAAAAGAAAUUUGUCCCCUCUCCAUACCCGGAGAAGCACGGCGUUCCUUGGCUAAAGCUUGACGUGGUUCAGGGUACCUUCGCUAGAACAGUUUAUCGGACUUCGACAGUAGGAGGUUCACCUCCCUCAACCCGGUGCAAGGCAACCGAUCAGCCUCUAAAAGUGCCAUAUUCUGCUAUUUAUUCAUUCUGGGGCUGAAUUCGGACACUUCGAUCCCAGCUUAACUAGCUGAUUAUUGCAUCCACAUGGCCUUCUUCAUACUAUUAUUGUUAUCCCCAAUUUCCAACACCCAUACCAGUGGCAGUAGGACGUUCUGAAUUUUUCACCACAACUCAAAAUUUUCUUCUGUACUAAUUUCUUUUUACCCGAUAUUUGAUUCUUCAAGGACUUUUCACCUUAUUAUUUCGUGUGUUUAUCUAUUGUUUAAUUGCCCUGCUUCUCUAUGAACAAGUCACACCAGUCGUGCGUCUUGAAUCCACCCCAUCUACCUUUCUUCAUCUUAAAGGUCUUGAAAGCUAGGAUUCCCACAUACUCUUCCCUUGAUUCUGCUGUAAUAUGCUACUCUCACCUCAUGUGUCAAAGUAACAGCUUAUCGUAGAUUCUUCCUUUCAUAUGUCGUGAUAUUUCUGCAUUUACGCAGUUUGAUAAAAAUUGCUUGAGGUGAAAUUCGAUAUAAAUGUUUCUUGAGCCG